CGGACUCCCAGCGGACCAAACAGCUCAGCGGGACCUCACUACGGCGGCUCAAACAUCGCCACAUCCUCGGAUACACCCGGAUAGCGCACGCCGUUACCCCUUCCCCACGUCUCCCCGGUUGUUUGGAUUACCACCGGAGCGUAUUUGGGCUUGAUUGGGGCAGCGGGGAUAGUCACACAGGUUUCGAGUUUGGAGUUUUUAACCGCCGCCGUUGCUGCUGCUGUUAGCCGUUAGCCUGUAGCCACCACCACCGGGACGCGACACAAAAUUGGGUUUAACUUCUCUUUCGCGGUGUUGUUUUGCAUAAUCCCGUCACGAUGCGGUGGUUUUUGCGAGGUUUAAACACGUGGCCUGCGAUUAGCAUAGGCUGACAAACAUUUUAGCCUGAAUUUUGCCUGGUGCGUGUGCGUUUUUUCCCGUUUAUCCAUCGCUGAUUUUGGCACCGUUUUAAGUGGACUUCAGCCCGGGGGUGGUGCGUUUGCUUCCCCCAUUUUCCGUGGCAUAAAAAGCCCUCAUUGAUUCGGGGUUUGGAGUUGUUCAAAAACUUGGGUCAAAGGUUUUUUUUUCUACUUUUUGGAGUUUUUUUUUCCAGCGCUGUGGAAAAAUGGAUGCGGGAAUAGAGAAAGAAUGCAGCGCCUUGGGAGGGCUCUUCCAGCUCAUCAUGAACGAUAUGAAGGCCAGUUAUCCCACGUGGGAGGACUUCGUAACCAAAGGAGCCAAACUGCAGUCACAGCUCAGGACGACCAUCUUGGUGACGGGAGCAUUUUUAGAUGCAUUUCAGAAAGUGGCAGACAUGGCGACUGGAACAAGAGGAGCGACGAAAGAGAUCGGAACCGCGCUGACCCGGAUGUGUAUGAGGCACCGAAGCAUCGAGUCCAAACUCAAACUGUUUACAACGGCUCUGUCCGAAAGCCUCAUCUCUCCUCUGGAGCAGAAGAUGGAGGAGUGGAAGAAAGUGGCUAGUCAGCUGGACAAGGACCACGCUAAAGAGUACAAAAAGGCUCGAGCUGACAUAAAGAAGAAGUCCUCCGACACCAUCAAACUGCAGAAGAAAGUCAAGAAAGGUAAAGACGAGGUGCGGGGGCAGCUGGACAGUGCCUUACAGGAUGUGAAUGUGCGUUAUGCUGUUCUGGAGGAGACGGAGAAGAGGGCCGUGCGUAAAGCUCUGAUAGAAGAACGCGCCCGAUACUGCAGUUUUGUCACCAUGCUCAAACCUGUGCUGGACCACGAGAUCAACAUGCUCGGAGAGGUGACCCAUCUGCAGACCAUUCUAGAGGACCUUAGCAGCAUGACAGCCGAACCACACAAACUGCCUCCUGCCAGUGAACAGGUGAUUUUGGACCUGAAGGGCUCGGACUUUAACUACACGUAUCAGACCCCUCCAGCUUCUCCCAGUGGCUCUUUGUCUCGGAAAAGCAGCAUCGGCAGUAAUUACCAGUGUGGGUCAGUGAGGCAUGUCCCCUCUCUGGACUCCAUCAGCUGUGCAGUGGACGGCCUUCACAUCCAGGACUCGAUGGGUUCAACCAAUCAGCUGUGUUCUACCGGAGGAGGAGGUGUAGCUACAGAGAAUGGUCUUUUGGCUCCUCCCCACAACGCAUACAGCCAUCCAGGAGAGAGGGCCCGGGCCAUGUCAGCCUCUGGGAAGUCUUCAUGUUCUGCCCGGGAGCAGCUGGCGUUGACGUUGGGAGCGCUUCAUUCAGACACCUCGAGGAGCAGCAGGGACUCGCUGCACUGCUCCAGUGGAUACAGCACCCAGACCACCACCCCGUCCUGCUCCGAGGACACCAUCCACUCACAUGUUGACUACGAGUCAAUCUCUCUCCAUGGCGACGUGGACUCAGUUUCCCUGCACCACCUGCACCACGGCUUCAGCCAAUCAGACUUCGACAAAUCCUCCACCAUCCCACGCAACUCCGAUCUCGGUGUUCAGUUCCGCAAGUUCGCCCAGUCCAAACGCCCUGCCUCCACAGUCAGCCUGUUGGCAGAUGGAGAGAUGAUCGGCGGCUCGCACACAGCCACCAUUCGCCGGAAGCCCUCAUCCAAACCAUCCUACCGCAGGGGCACUAUCAGUGGAGGAGUGCCCAUUCCGAUAUCCACUCCACAAGUUCCACUAAAGGCGCAACUCAGCGAUGAAAACCUGCCCGGCGCUCCCUCUGGUGGCGUCUUGGGGCAUAACAAGCUCUGCACUUCGACCCAAAGCUUAAGCACAUUACCGUCAAGCCACCAUCCGGCAGCCAACGUAUCACCAUACUAUCAGCUAGUCCCGGGGCAAAUGCCAAUUCCAGUGCCCGUCCCGACCAUACCGGAGAACAACCAAGCGAAGCAACAGCAAUUUGUAAAGCAGUUUCAGCAAAAUCAGCUAGCGCAAAAUCAGCUAGUGCAAAAUCAGCAGGCACAAAAUCAACAGCCGCAAAAUCAAUCCUACGGGCAACAUCAAACGUACGUGCAGGCAAAAUGUCCGCCACAAGUUCAUCAGAAACCACCGCUUCCCCAUCACCUGCAGCAUCUCCAAGCACAGCAACUUCAAAACCAAGCGCAAUUUCAACAGGUUUAUCAUCAAGAAAUGUAUCAGCAAGAAAACACAAACCUGUACCCGCACAACAUCCCCAACCACCCGCAGAUGCCAGCCCCACAGCCACCACAGUACGCCGCCUAUCCGAAUCUAACCCAACAGCAAAGGCAGCAGCUGUACCACCAUCAGAACCACCAGCAGAACCAGAACCACCAGCAGAACCAGACCCUGCCAGCGACGCUAUCCCAGGGACAAGGCUCCAUUUCAGGGCAAAGUGGCGGCAUCGAGACCCAAGUACCACCGCAAUCGUCCAAUCAGAACCAAGAGCAAGACGAAGAGGAAGAAGAGCCCAGACCAGGAGCUAUGGUAUCUAUGAUCCGUAGUGUCAAACUAAGGCGGACGAUAACCGACGAUAGGUCCGCCCCCAUGCUUCCGCCACCGCCGGCCAAUCACAAUUGAGGGGUUCAGCUCACUUCCUGGUCUGACUUUGAAAAGGAAACUGAAAAAAAGUGUUGUGCUUUAUUUCAAUUGCCUUUAUCUUUAUUGUUUGCAAAAUAUUUUGUUUUGAACGAGUCUUAUCUAUUUGACGAACUGUUAAUUAUUAUGUUUUUUCCUUUAGUGCUUCUUAAAUUGUGGGCGGGUAAUUAUUUAAAAUUUGUACAAAAUCGCUCUACUCCAAUACAAAUUUAAUAUUUUUGGAAUUUCAAAUUGGCUCAAAUAUAUUUGGAAGAGUGAUUUUGUCCACACAUUUAGUAACAUCCAUUGCUCUUCAGUUUUGGGUGCGUUUGAUAUUGUGCAGAUGCUGGUCCCAGGUGGGCGGGGUUUAAACUCCACUGUGGUUGAACCAUGUUUGUGUGGAGGAUUUUUAGUUUAGUUUUUUUCCCUUAUGACUUUACUGUAACGGUACAAGAAAUGUGUCAACCCCUUUUCCACCAAAGAAACUUAGAUGCUUAUUAUACUUGAAAGGGCAAACAAAUGCCUCCGUUUUGCCUCAUUUUCCUUAUAUAGCGCCCCUUAUGUUUAUGAACCAAGCCCAAUAGAGCUCGACAUUUUUCCCAUAGAUUUUUUUGAAAAUUCUAAUUUUAAAAAAAGUUAAAAAGCACAACAGAGGCUAACAAGCUAUGUGACUAAUCCUUAAUCCCUUAUUUUCAGUCCAAAAAAUAAAAUUAAAACCUAAAAUUCUGCAAAUAGUUUUGAUAACUAAGUGGUUUAUAGUUUCAGAAACAGAUUUAACAUAAAAUCUUAGUUCUUUUGAUCAUUACUUACCACAUAGCCCGAGUGAGCUUUCAAACAGUUUAAUAUUUUUUAUGAGAAAAAUUAAUGUGAAAUUUACUUCAGAGCCAAGCGGUGGGUGGUCACUGUUAUGCGCCAUAAGUACUCACUAGGAUUUACUUUUGUUAGAGAUUUUAAGGACACAGGGUCUGUUGCGUUUGGCUUAUCCCUGAGAUGGCCAACAGGGAGAAAUGAAAAAAGUUUUAUUCACUCAUAACUACAUAUUUCACCUCUGUACGUUUUGCAGUCGUCUGCUUUUGAGUACAUUCACUGGCCACGUGAUUAGGUACACCUUACUGUUACCCUUAUUCAUUUUCUGCUUCCUUAAAAAAUCUGCCAAAGUAGCAAGGACUAUACCAGAACAAAACUAAGGUCUGUCUGUCAUAAAUUCAGCAGAAGGGUGUCAGGACUAAACGAGGAUUAAACUGGUCUAAACCGUUUUUUGUUUUUUUUUCCAAACUGAGGCCUUCUUUGAACCUUGUCGUACCUAAUAAACUGGUCAUGCAAGCUGAACAUAUUUUGACGUUAGCUUUGAUGGAAAAGGAGGUAGAACUUGUUGCUUUCAUUUAGCUGUAAAGACUGAAUCUAAGAAUAUAUAAAUGUGUAUAUACUGAACAAAAUGCUUUAGAAACAAACGUUACUGUGGAUCUGUGUAUAUAAGUAAACUCGACUUACAAAAACUAUUGUAAUCAUACUGAGAGUUAACUUGAUAACUUUCAGAGAGGAGAGGAUUGUAAUACACUCGUUUGACCACCUGGUGUUGACAUAGCCGGCUAUAGACACACAAUGGGGUGAAUCCUAUAAGCAAUACGUGUACGUUGAUCUCGUGAAUGACAAAGGUUUAAUGAUUCUUCCUGGCAAAAUCCACUCAUUCAGGUUUACAACAGACAGAAGAAGUUAACUAUCUCAGUUAAUGCUGGAUAUAUAUUUUUUUAACUUUUAUUAUUAAAUUGUGUUAUCCCAUUUUAGAGGUUGGUCAUCUUGAUAGGGGCCUUAAAAAGUGGCCGGAAAGUCAGAAUUUGAAAUAUUUAUUUUACUUAAACUGAACUUGGGAAAGAUUUCAAAAAUAUAAUCGUGUUCUCUCAGCCCCGCCCACUACAGGAAGUGCUGACCAACAAUUAAAGUAUCAGUAAUUUUAGUUUUGACCCACUACCAUGUAAUAUUAUGGCAAGUACUGCGAUACUGAUCUGAUACUAGUACAGUGAUUUCUUAAAUGAAAUGCGUUGAAACUAAGAAUUUGACCUUAUAUAGAGAUUUAUUAUUUUUGACCCCAGUUUAAACAUAUCUAAAAAAUGUAUAUAUUUAAUCAGAUAAAGUAAAAAAUAUUAAUGUUUUUCCAAAAUUCAUCAAAAGAAAUUUAUGUAAACGACUGCAUUUUUUGAGACCUAUAACGUAAGAUGAUUUGCAUGAGAGUAUAUAUGUAGUAUCCAAAUAUCAAUCAUUUGGUUUCAAAAUUUCUCGUUUUUAGUCUCAUUAGCGUACAUCAUUCAUUUGAUAGAACAAAGCUGCGGUCUGCUGCCCUCUUCUGGUCACUUUGCCAUACUAAAAGAAUCACCAUUUUCUCUUGAAAUGGGCAAAGUUAUUAAGAUUGUAAAAUGUAUAGUGCCUUUGUAGAGGUGGAGUUUUAUUUUCAAAUGUUAAACAAUUCAUAAUAGAGAGCCUUUUAAAAUACAUUUGAUUGAAACACAGAAUGACGAAUGAAUACUUGUUUUCUGAGAGUGGUGACUGGGGUUGAGUAGCUGGUUCUAGUCUGGUCCAAACCGCUCAUUAUUAUUUUCAGGAGAGAAGAACAAAGAAUCAUAUUUAAGAAACGAACAUUUCAGAUGGUAAAAACUGUUAUCUCAUCUCACGUAGCUCUUGUGGAGUGGGGCUUUAAGACAAUUCUCACAAACACUCAAUGUAUGUUAAAAUUACACAAACUCUGAAUAUUAAUCAGGACUAGAUGUUCGAAUAAAAUUAGCCAGUGAAUGGGAAGAAAAACAACACUUGAAAAAUGGUUCCAAACAAACUUGCCCGAUCCAUGGAUUUCAAAAUAAUACAAAUAACAUGUUGCAUAGCGAUUAAAGGCGCUGUACCUGAUUUUUACUGUCUUUGAAAUGUAACAAACAGAACUAGCUCAUUUUAAACGGUUUGCAGUGGUCCAGAGUUAUUCCUCACUUACCUUAUACAUUCCGAGCAUGCUAAUUAUUCACAGCUAUGAAUUUAUAAGCGUUUUCACAACCCUCGGAGACUAGAGCGGAGUUUUGCUAUGGCGGUUAAGCUAACAGCAACUAGCAGUCUAACACGCACUUCCUGAUUAUCGAACAAUAAAGAGCUUUAGAUGCAGACAGAACACGGCAAACUUUUUUUCACCUCAAGAGCUGCUUAUACAGUAUAUCUGUACUGGGGUAAGACAAGUUUUUCUCAAAUACGUGGAAAUAAAAAUCAGGUACAGGAACUUGAAAAUGAAAUAUCUUUUGAAGGGGAAAAAGUGCUCAAAAUAUUGCAUAUAACAGGAUAUUGAAAAAGUGAUCUAUAAUAGUUUGGGUUUCAUUAGGUAAUGAGCUAAUCAAAAUUGAAAUUCAGAAUACAUUUUGACUACUGCAUAGUUUUUGUGUUUUAAAUCCAAAUUGUAAUGUUCAAAAAUAAUAACUUUUGUGCUACUUCUGUAAAAUCUAAACGUUUUCAUAACAUUUAAAACUCAAUGCUGGAAAGACAGACACACAGAAAGCUGGAAUAUUUUCAAUUCUCGUUUAUUUUGUCAGACGAUGUAUAUUUUUGGACUGAGUUGUAAGAUAAAAUCGCUUUGUUAGAGUUUAGAGUUUGCUGUAUGUAAAGAGUGGCCUUUCAGAGCCCUGGUGCAUGCUGGGAAAUGCAGUCCAGGACUCACAGAAAGUAGAAUGUUUUUCUUCUUUUGUUUGUUCUAAUCACAGCUGCCUACAGACAUGGGGUACAAAUAUUCAUAUGCAUGGAGUAAUAGUUUUAUAUAUUAUAUUACAGAUAUUUGAGGAUACUUCAGUAAAUUAAUAUGGGCUAAAUGCAGGACUACGUUUUGGAAUAAACUAGAAUUUCAUUGUAACUGUAAAAGUUGUCUGUUUCUUUCUAAGGGGACGGUAAAACGCUAUAGCUGGUUAGCUGUCCUCAAUGUGUCUCCAAAUUUUUACUACAACUACAAAUUAAAGAUGCAAUAUGUAACUUUUCUGAUCGAGUCCUCCACUUGCUUGUCUCCAUGGAGUUGUGAUUGCUUUGCAUAAUGUCUCCUAGUAUUUAUUCUGUGUCAUUAUUAUUGUAAUACUUGCAUGUAUUCUACCUGUGAGGCCACCUCUCCACAGAUCUGAUAUGUAACUUGACUUCCUUGGUUUGAUGAGAUAAGAGUGGAAAAACUCCUAAACGCCUAAAUAUGCAGGGUUUAUGUGUUAAACAAGUGUGAAUGGAAAAAAAAACAACACAAUUCCAGGUAUGUUUUUGAUGAGGAAAUAGCAUAAUUUAGAUCAGAAAAUGCCACAAGAUGGACACUUUAAUGCCAUACUGGGGAACAUUUCAGGCAAAGCUAUAACAUCUCCACGAGCCAGAGAAGUUACACAGUUAAACUUUAAACUUCUCCACGUAUAUGAAUAUUAUGCCUACCUACACCCGAUGUAAGGCUUGCUCUGAUUGGUCAAUGAUGUAAAUGGCUCUUUUUGUGUUAGCAGAGAAGCGGCAUCGAACUCAAAUGUACUUUACAAAUGUACUAUUAAUAAUGAUUGUAUUUUGUUGAACUGGAUGACUGUCUUAUUUUUGUAGCUUUAAACAGAGGACUUCCUGGUUCGGGAGAAGCUGUACUACGAUUGGAUGAGGUUUCAAGAGAGCUGGGUCCUGAGUGGGCCAGGACUUAGGAGAAUGUACAAACGUUAUCUUUGUUCGCUGUGGAAUCCUGUUUUUGAUUAAAUGCUGGACCCUU